UCCGAACAUAAACAGAAAGCUGUGAAUAGCGACACAUUUUGUUGAAGUAUUUAGCCAUAUUAAGUGGAGCUACAUUUUAACUGUAAUUAUCAGCCGGAAAAAGAAGUGCCAGGUACUUUACAAGGUUCAAAUAGCUACAAUAGUCACUUACAUUUACUUUAUUUUCCUUUAAUGUUUGGUAUUUCUGCUAGGUAGCUAGUUAGCAGCUAGCAGCAAAAGCAUGACAGCGUGAUUCUCGUGUUUUCCUCUUGGCUGCAGCACCAACUUCAAGACAACAACUACCGCUGUUGAGAAAUUGUCCAAAACAAAUGUCUGUUUCACAGGGAAUAGCAUGUCCGGGGGAAACAAAGCCAUUGAGUUACAGCUUCAAAUGCGGCAAAAUGCCGAGGAUAUGCAUAGCUUCAUGAAGGAGCUGGAGAGCUGGGAGAGGGACAUAAAGAAGAAGGACGAGGAGCUGAGGACGGGAGGAGUUCAGAACACGCUCCCACCUGUGCGCAACAAAGACUACAAAACAAAGAUGAGGGAAAAGAAGAAGAAGGAGACAACAGGCAAUGGAGACGCAAAGAGAGCUGAGUCCUCGCAACCCUCAAGGAUAAAAGCAUAUGACUAUCGAGCGUGGGACACGUUUGACGUGGACAAAGCUCUGUCAGAGAUGGAUAAGGAGGAAAGUCCUGCAGAGUCAAAUGAGUCAGACUCUGAGGAAGCUGCAGUUGAUCAGGACAAAGCGUUAACUGAGAAGACAAAGGGUAACGCAUUUUUCAAAGAUGGGAAGUACAAUGAGGCCAUCGAGUGUUACACAAGAGGGAUGGGUGCAGAUCCUUACAACCCUGUGCUCCCCACAAACCGAGCCACCUCCUUCUUCAGACUCAAAAAGUAUGCUGUGGCAGAGUCCGACUGCAACUUGGCGAUUGCUCUGGACAGCAACUACUUCAAAGCGUAUGCACGAAGAGGAGCAGCACGGUUUGCAUUGAAGAAAUAUGAAUCUGCAUUAGAAGAUUAUGAGAUGGUUCUCAAGCUUGACCCCGGGAAUGUGGAAGCACAGAAUGAAGUGAAAAAAAUCAAAGAGAGCCUUGAACAUCAGGCCCCAGCCGCCCCAACUGAAGCCACGCAGCCACAGGAGGCUCCCACAGUGGACCCCGAGCGGCAGAGACUGAUGGAGGAGCAGCAGAGACGACAGGAGGCGGUGAUUCAGAAAGACAGAGGGAACGCUUAUUUCAAAGAGGGGAAGUAUGAAGCGGCUGUUGAGUGCUACAGCAGGGGCAUGGAGGCAGACAGCACGAACGUCCUGCUGCCUGCCAACAGAGCCAUGGCCUUCCUUAAGCUGGAGAAGUAUAAGGAGGCAGUGGAGGACUGCACCAAAGCCAUUUCACUGGACAAUACUUACUCCAAGGCUUUCGCUCGUCGUGCCACAGCCAGAGUGGCUUUAGGGGAACUGCAGGAGGCCAAACAAGAUUUCCAGGAGGUGCUGAAACUGGAACCGGGGAACAAGCAGGCCCUGAAUGAGCUCCAGAAGCUCCAGAUUGCUGCGGGUUCCAGCGGCCUCCUUCAAACACCAGACAGCACACAGAGAAGAACCGUUCAGCCAAUCGACAAACCAGCACAUCUGCGCUCAACUAAACCUCUGAGGAGGAUUGAAAUAGAAGAGGUGAGUGGGAAGGUGUCGGUGUCUGAGGUGGAAUCAGGUGGGUCCAAGUCCUUCGUCCAGGAAGUGGUGAAGGAGGCUGAGGACGAGUCCUCUCCGCUGUCGACAUCACCCAGUGCCAAAAUGAUUAAGAUCGAAGAGAUAGCAGAAGCCCCUUCACACUCAUCUGACCAAGUUCCUUCUAACAGACAGAGCAAACAACCAGUGAAGGAAAUCAGUCAUCCUCCUGAGCCGUCAGCUCACCCCUCCUCGACAGUAACAGACCUGCCUCCUCCACCCACCAACAGCUUCCAGCUGGAGGCCGACCUCCGCAAGAUCGGAAACCAGCCUGAAGUGAUUUACAGAUAUCUGAGGAAAAUCAAGCCUGAGGCGUAUUCAAACAUUUUCCAAAACUCCCUUGAACCUGACAUCCUCAACCAGAUCUUGAAGACUCUCCAUGGUUUCUACAUCAAGAACGAAGCACCGGCCGUCACACUGGAGGUCCUCGAGAGUCUCGCGAGCGUGAGGCGCUUCAACAUGGCCGUCAUGUUCAUGUCGUCCCCGGAGAAGAAAGUGCUGGAAGAAGUGUUUGACUUCCUGCACCAGGCCGAGCUGGAAGAAUCGUCUGUCGCAGCCUUACAGAAGAAGUACGGACUGUGACGCUCGGAUUGAAAGAAAAAUCUGCAAGUUUUACAGACUUUAAAUCUCAACACGCAGUGCUGCAUUGUUGUCAAAGCCAACAAAACAAUGUCGUUAUAUUCUAAUACUGAAUAAACUCUCAUUCAAUUGACUUUCAGUAAAUUGGACUGCUGUGUUACAGCCCUUCACCUGUGGAAAUACAGUGGUAGCAUCUUUCUCUUUUCAUCACAAUGUGUUUACUGGAAGGUGGAAGUUGGAAAAUCACAAAUUGUAGAUUGUAAUUCUGACCUUGGUGCAUUUUUAAUGUUCGAGAUGAUAAAAACGGAGCCUUCCAGUGUAAAAUCCUGUGUGCAACAGCUAAUGCCAUCGAUACUUCCUGUGUAAACGUACAUGUUUAACCAUUCACUGCACAACUGUUUCCAUAAAUUUAUGAACAUGCAAUGCUGAAUUUUCAUAGAUAUACAUAUAUAUUGAGGUUUAUUCGUGGUAGAGGUAAGAGUAUCCACAUCUAACAUGUUUGGACUUAGAUGUUGCAUCAAGGCGAACCACACAAAGCGGGAAAGCACCUGCUGAAGUUUGAGCAUCAUAAACAUGUUGGUGUGUUGAAAUGGAGUCAGAUAAUUACAUUUGAGGGAGAACCUUAACCAGACGCAAUGUUUUAUGGGAGGGAAGUGUGAAUUACCAACUUUCCAGUUGAUCUUGAAUGCAGCGUUAAGGUAUGGAUUGGUCUCUGUGAGUACUUUCCCCUGUUUGAAUGUUCCUCCCAUUCUUAAACCUACCAAAUAAAUCCUGACGCUGCGUUGGCGAAACCAGAUUAGACAAUAGAAAACCGUGAGCGAUGUUUGGUCUUUUUUCAGAUGCUGAAAUACAAAUA